ACGAAGAAAUCAACCACAACAGUCCCAAAUUGACAGCCUAGCUCAGGGUGUACUAAAAGACAAGGAGUACAUCAACACCGCUGUCUAGAAUAUCUUACAUCACAUAAAAUACAACCGCUAACUCUGUAGAAGUCUUUCGAAUGACUCUCGGGUAAUGUUACCGCGUGGAAGUUUCUCUUGUGACCAGUUGUGCUUGUUGUUAGCUGGUUAGCUUCCCCGGCUAAUGAAAGUUGCUUGAUGUCGACCUAUGGGCCGAGCAUGACCAUAUAUGGACUGCUGCUCUCCGGUGACAUGUAAACAAAAAAACUAGCCUCAGAGCAUAAGAAAGGGUGAGUAAUACCCUAAAACUCAACUUGUUCCGACAUGUCAUCAGAUCAGAUAAUCGCCAUUGUCAUGGAGGACAAGAUCUACGAGGUGAACAAGAAGAAGUUGAUCGAGAAGAGCGACUACUUCCGUGCCCUGUACAGCUCCGGCAUGAGGGAGUCCACGGAGGACUCUGUGCAACUGCGGGGCCUCAGCGUUCCCGGCCUGGAGCUGGUCCUGGAAUUCAUCAACACCUCUAAAGUGGAGAUUUCCAAUGAGACCCUGGAGGAUUUGAUAGAGACCGCCUCCUUCCUUCAGGUCACCUCUAUCCUCAAGCUCCUCACUGCAGAGAUCCGCCUGGAUAACUGCGUGGAGCUCUACAGCCUCUCUGACGUUUACGGAACGCACGACCUUCGUCACGCCUGCCUCAAGUACAUGAGCUGCCACUAUCACCCCAUGAUGAGGCGACCGGAGUUCAGCAGCCUGCCCUCCGCCGUCAGGGACCAGGUGAGAGAGAUGCGCAUGAGGGGCACCGCCACCCUGGUGGCCAUCGGGGACUUCACCUGCCUGUGCCUGGACGUGCCGGAUCAGGACGAGCCCUGGACCAUGCUGAGGUACGGAGAGGUGGAGCAGCGCUGGAAGCCACUGGCCAACAACUUGCCUCAAGAUAUGAUCAACGUCAGAGGCUACGGCUCGGCCGUGCUGGACAACUACCUCUUCAUCGUGGGGGGGUACAGGACCACCAGCCAGGAGAUCUCUGCCGUGCACUGCUACAACCCCUGCAGGAACGAGUGGAACCAGGCAGCGCCGCUCAACCAGAAAAGGUCCAACUUCAAGCUGCUGGCCGUUCAGGGGAAGCUGUACGCCGUGGGGGGCCAUUGUCUGGGCACGGUGGAGUGUUACAGCCCCGAGAACGACUUCUGGACUUGUGUGUCUUCCAUGCCGGACCCGCUGGCCGAGUUCUCAGCCUGCGAGUGCCAGGGGAUGAUCUACGUCAUGGGUGGAUACACCGCACGAGAAAGGAACACCAACCUCCUCCGCUACUGCCCCACCUCUGACACGUGGACGGCGUUCCGGCCAUGCUCGGUGCACAUCCGCAAGCAGCAGAUGCUCUCGGUGGAGGACACCAUCUACCUGGUGGGAGGCUACACGCACGAACUGGACCACAUGCCGCUGCACCAGCAGCAUCAUCAUUAUCAUCAGCGGCGCCCCAGCCAGACGGAGGACGUGCUCACCGUGCAGUCCUACAACGUCACCACUGGCGAGUGGCUCCACCUGAAGGAGAACACCUCCAAGUCGGGCCUGAACCUGACGUGCACGCUGCACAACGACGGCAUCUACAUCAUGAGCCGCGACGUCAGCCUGCCCACCAGCCUGGAGCACCGCGUCUUCCUCAAGUACAACAUCUUCUCCGACGCCUGGGAGGCCUUCCGCCGCUUCCCGGCGCUGGGACAGAACAUGCUGCUGUGCUCGCUUUACCUCCCCAACGUGCUGUGAUGGGACCGUGCAGCGUGAGCGCGGGCCAGCGGGGGGCGUGCUUGCACUUCAUAUUUGGCACUGCAAACCAAACAAGCCUGCUACUGGACUAUGCUAACUUCCUUAGCAUGAGCUGAGGUUGCUUUUGGCAUGAAUUGAACUCUCUGUGCCUCAGAAAAACAACACUUUGCUGUGCGUGAACAUGCAAAAGGUCAACGGCUUUUGUUUUACACAUCCGUCAUUCUAGUAAAGUAUAAUGAAUAAGUUUAAUAGUGGUAUUAUAUAAAUGUAAAUAUGAUAUGAUUAGAUAUUAUUAUAUAGGUAUUAUUCUAUGCAGUAUCAUCAAGUAUUAUUAUUUGGUACAUUUCACAUGUUAAUAUGUUAUUAUUAUUAUAAGAAUAUAAAUAAUUAUACAUUAUGUAACAAGUAUGAUUCCACAUUUUCUUGCACAUGUGCCUUCUCCUUUGAGAAUUUGAUCCAAAAAACAAAAAAAAGCACAAAAUGCAAAGACAUUUUCCUCUCAUAUUGCCAGCAAACGACCAAAAAUGCUGUUUUUUUCUUUGCUGCUGCGCUAGAGCAGGUUUUUGUUCAAAUGGCAAAUGAUUUUUCACUUGCAAAGGAAGACAUUUUGGGUUCAACAUUGUAUUUAAGCGCCUCCUUUUGUUUAUAUUGAUCGUGUUUUACACUUUGAUGGCAAUACAUUUGGUGUUCAGGGGGGUUUCUGCUGUCAAUUUGUCCCUAUUUUAAACCCUUGGCGCGUUUGAAUGUGUCAGAGCGGAUGCACAUUUGCGUGAAAUGCGUGUGGUGGCCACCAGAGGGCAGCAGGCACCACGCAGAUAUAAAAGGCUCGAAUUCACCGGUGGAUUUUUGUACGUUUUCCACAAUUUCCACGCCAAAAUGUCCAUGAAGUCAUCAUUUAAAGUGUCUCAGUAUGAACACACACAUUAAAUGAGUGCUUAC